AUGUCUCCAGCCGGUGCAAUCUGGAACUUAUACGUCGUCUCGGCCGUGAUGGCUCUUGUCAGCCUGCCAGCCGUUGAGCUUGCCGAAGUCCAACGACACGCCCUUUUACGAAGAUCGCCGCAAUGGCCCGCAAUCAAAGCACCACCUGGUCCUAUGCAAUGUGGCAAAAGCUUUGGUGAAGGAAUAGGUAAUGCACCAAAGGGCAUGCUCUUUUGCCAAUCCGACAGUGGUACCCGUGCCUUUUGCCAAAAGGAUUUAUGCCAUUCAGAGAACAAGCCAGCCACUCAGGGCAAAUCUACAUCAAUCAACGAGUUUUUCUUUCAAGAUUGCCUGCGGUACCCCAAGCCCUCAGAGGCUCAGAAUAGCAUUAAGCCAAAAACAGUACCAAAAACGUAUCCAGUCCAAUACUGCACCAAAAAUGACGCUGGAUUUAUAUGGCUCACCGGCUGGGACGAUUCUAAUGAUAAGACACCACGUCAGUACAGAUGCCCUCUGAACAGAGCUUCGGGGAUCAACAUGCAAAGACCUUGGUGUAAUGGCUGCACGCUCUUACCCUCAAACACCUAUGAUCCUGACGAAUGUGUCAGUCACAUCUUAAUCAGGAAUACCAACUCAUCUCCAUUUUUUACCCUGUUGAUGUAG